AUGUCAUCGUUACCAUACUUGUGUCUUCGUGAAAUUUUUGAAUAUACAUUAUAUGAACCUGAAUUACAAUGGCAUCAUAAUAAUCUAAAUAAUAUAAAUCUAAGUAAUCUUCUCCCAAAAGAUAAUGCGACGAUUCUUUUGGAUGUUUAUCUUUCUAGUUUUACUUUGGAAGAUUUAUACCAUUUGAAUUUACCUUCAAAUUUGAUUGAUGUUUAUCAAAAAAGACGACCCAAUAACGAUUACGCUAGAUUUCUACGUAAAAUGAACCUUACACAAAUAAAGACAGCGGCCUCCUUUUGGUUGGAGAACAAAAAAGAUAAGGUUACAAUUUCGAAUGAUUGUCCGAUUUUUCAAUCAAUCUGUAGUCACUUUGUUAGUCACGCUAUAAAUAUUAAAUAUGUAGCUUUUGAACCUGAAUAUGAUACGUUGAUGGAUUUCAAUAUGUUCAGCUUACCCGGUGCGAAAUCCAGUCUCUCGAAUUUAAGCGAAUUUACUUGUUACGGCGAGGCUUAUAACAUAAGGUUAUACAAGAAAGCUUCAGAAAUUUCAACACAUGUUCAUGAUUUAAAAAUUUCCUUGAUUCAUGGGUGUCCUCUUAAUCCUUCAACGUUAAUUGAUAUAUCAAAUUAUAUAAGAUCACAACGACAACUUGAACGGUUUUCAAUUGAUAAUCGAAUUGGAUGUUAUUGUUGUUCACAAGAUCAUUCUUUAUUAUUAAAUUUAACGAUCGUCUUCAAAUCUUUAAGUACGCAAACGACAAAUUUAACUCACUUAAGUUUCCUUUCAAUUGAUUUUCAUAACAUGUUUCCUUUUGAUCAAUUAUCACAGAGUAAAAAUCUCAAAGAAUUAAAUAUUACCAGAUGUCGGAAUUUUGGGGAAUUUCAUUCAAUUGAUUUAAAUACUGAUUCAUUCACAAAUUUAUCCGAUUUACGAAUCAUUUUGAGCUCAAUACCCGAAAAUGUUGUUAGAAUUUUAUUAAUAGGAUCAGGAAGUUCUUUGAGGAAUUUAGAAUUUGAACAAUUUGGAAUAAUUAUAAACAUCCUUAAAUACUGUUCAGAGAAUAAUCCUAAUCUAGUAAAUGUUUUGGUUUAUAUAGAUUCGAAAGAUAUCGAAAAUUUACCGAAGUUUUUACGUUCCUCAACAAAACUUUGUAACCUUGAACUUUGGGAUAAAAAUACCCCGGAUGGAAGAAGGUUUAGUGAAUUAUAUUAUUUAAUGAGAUUGGUUGAAACGGUUGAUUUAGAUGAUGAAAUGUUUUCGGAAAUUGGGGAUUCAUUACCAGAUAGUUUGGUGAAUUUAAAGAUCAAUAUGAAAUGGAACUUUAGUGCAAAAUCUCUUGAGAGAUUUAUAAAGAAUUGUAAAGCUCCAUUGGAUUCCUUGGGAUUUGAGUUUUGCAAUUGUUUUGAUGACGAACAUUUCGACGUUCUUGUCAAAAAUUUAAAACGUCCCUUGAAAAAUUUAAAUAUUAAACAUUGUGGAGCAAUUGUAGAUUCGGAAAUUCGAGCGAAAACUAGAGAUUUAAUACAACAAAUUGAUUCGCUCAGUAGAUAUACAUGCUUAAUCAAUUCGGCGUAA